CGGAACAGUUCUGGUUUACUCACACGGGCAUCAUCUCGCUUCAAAGUCAGUUCAACAUGGACAGCCCUCUUGAACACCCAUCCAGUGGCUAUAAAAAAAUCUUUGAAUCAUGUGAAGAGUUAGCUGAGCCCAUUCCUGCUCAUGUCUCAGGCAAAAUCCCAGCAUGGCUUACUGGCAGUCUGCUCCGCAUGGGCCCUGGGCUCUUUGAGAUUGGAGAUGAACCUUUUUACCACCUUUUUGAUGGCCAGGCUCUCUUACACAAGUUUGACCUGAAGGAUGGACAUGUCACCUAUCACCGCAGAUUUAUCAGAACUGAUGCUUAUGUCAGAGCCAUGACAGAGAAAAGGGUGGUGAUCACUGAGUUUGGCACCGCUGCGUAUCCAGAUCCAUGCAAAAACAUUUUUUCCAGGUUUUUCACUUACUUUCAAGGCAUUGAGGUGACAGACAACUGCCUUGUCAACAUCUACCCCAUCGGUGAGGACUUCUAUGCCUGCACGGAAACCAACUACAUAACCAAAGUUGAUCCUGAGACCCUCGAAACGAUAAAAAAGGUGGACCUCUGCAACUAUCUCUCAGUGAACGGUGUGACUGCACAUCCACAUACUGAACCAGACGGAACUGUAUAUAACAUUGGAAACUGCUUUGGGAAGAACAUGUCGCUGGCUUACAACAUUGUCAAGAUCCCUCCACCACAAGAAGAUAAAUCCGAUCCAAUUGAAAAGUCAAAGGUUUUGGUUCAGUUUCCAAGCAGUGAGAGAUUAAAACCAUCCUACGUCCAUAGCUUUGGUAUGACGGAGAACCACUUUGUGUUUGUUGAGAAUCCGGUGAAGAUCAAUCUGCUGAAAUUUCUGACUUCUUGGAGCAUCAGAGGAACAAGCUACAUGGACUGCUUUGAGUCAAAUGAAAGAAUGGGUACGUGGUUUCAUCUGGCAACCAAGAAUCCUGGAGAAUACAUCAACCACAAAUUCAGAACAUCUGCCUUUAAUGUUUUCCAUCACAUUAACUGUUUUGAGGACCAAGGGUUUAUUGUUGUUGACCUGUGCACUUGGAAAGGGUAUGACUUUGUGUAUAAUUAUCUAUAUUUGGCAAACGUGAGGCAAAAUUGGGAGGAACUCAAAAAAGCAUCCAUGAGAGCUCCACAGCCAGAGGUGCGGAGAUACGUGCUUCCACUGGACAUACACAGGGAAGAGCAGGGGACAAAUUUGGUUUCUCUUCCAUACACCACAGCCACGGCUGUCAUGAGCAGUGAUGGAAGCGUUUGGCUCGAACCUGAGGUUCUUUUCUCUGGGCCGCGUCAGGCUUUCGAGUUUCCUCAGAUCAACUACAGCAAAUACUGUGGAAAAAAUUACACCUUUGCUUAUGGACUCGGGCUAAACCACUUUAUUCCAGACCGGAUUUGCAAGUUGAAUGUGAAAAGCAAAGAAACAUGGAUAUGGCAGGAGCCAGAUGCCUAUCCAUCCGAAGCACUGUUUGUGCAAAGCCCUGAUGCGAAAGAAGAAGAUGACGGUGUUCUUCUGAGUAUUGUAGUAAAGCCAGGAGUUUCCCAGAAGCCAGCGUUCCUCCUCAUACUCAAUGCCGCUGACCUGACAGAAAUAGCACGUGCAGAGGUUGAUGUCAUCAUUCCUAUCACUCUCCAUGGCAUGUACAAACCUUAGAGGAUCAUAUCAUUUCAUGUUAUUGUUGCUAUUUUAAUUGGACCAGUUAUAUGACCUGAUAUGCUUAUAAUGCUACAGAUUGUUGGUAAGCUA